UGUUUCUUUAUUUAUGUGCUAAGAUAAAAAUAAAAAAUAAAAAACGUUGGCGUCUGGCGGCUUGCCGGUGCCGCCUUCCAUCAGCAUCUACUGCACACUCCAAUAUAUAUAUAUAUAUAUAUUUUAAACACGUGCGAAGUCAUAGCUGUCUCCCAACUCACGCGUACCACGCACGCUUUCCACUCUCCAUACUCCGCCUUCCUUCCCCCAUAAAGCUUUCUCCAAAGAAAAAAAGAGAAGAAAGGAGCAGAUACUCUCCACCAUUUACCCUUCCCUGCUUCUCAUCGGCACUCCAAACCCAAACACCAACCCUAAUCCUAGCUCUCGAUUCUCCAUGGACGAAGCAGACACCCGCCUCCCCUCCAAGAAACCCUUUCUUCUCCCCCGAUCCUUCUCCUAUCACCAAACCUUACCCCGCCGCUCCCGCCCCUUCUGGAAACACCUCGCCGACAACGAUCCCAACCUCUCCCUCCCCGAUCCCCUCGUCACCCUCUACACUACCUCCCUCCGCACCAUCCGCCGGACCUACGAGGACUGCCGCGCCAUACGCGCCAUCCUUCGCGGCUUCCGCGUCGCCGUCGACGAGCGCGAUGUUUCAAUGGACGCCGCAUACCGACGCGAGCUCCAAUCGCUGAUCGGCGGGAGAUCGGAGAGCUCGGGAGAUUGCUUGACGGAGUUCCUCGUCAGGAUCCGGCGUUCGUUUGCGGCGGAUGCGGUGGAGCUCGGUUUGUGCCGUGCGGGAGGUGCAGCGGUAGCAGGAAAUUGUUCGUGGAGGAAGAGGGACGGAUGCGGAGGUGUGAGAGCUGCAAUGAGAAUGGAUUGGUACGCUGCCCUAACUGCUGCUCUUCUUCUUCUUCCUAUUGAAAUAAAUCGGUUAUAAUUUGGGUAAAUUAUAUAUCAAAAAAAAAAAAA